AUGUCUUCAUCUUCAACCUCAACCUUGACGCGUGAUGGCCUCCGUUACUUCGAGUUUCUUCUCGGUGUGACCCAUUUCUUUGGAUUUUCUAUGGUUUUGUUGUUAGGUAAAUCUUUCAUCAUUCCGGUUCUCACAAACAAGUUUCCAGCGUUUUUUAUGAAUUCCUUUGGCGAUGGAGCGGCCUGGCCGAGGAAAGCGUCGGGAGGGUCCGGCGGCGACCAGCUCCAUGGCCUUCUCAUGGCCGUCGCUUUUGUCUUUUUGCAGGGCGAAGGUUUGAAAAAAAUGCCGCUUUAUGAAGCUUGGAUAUUUCCAGCAUUGUUAGCUUACCGGGUAUAUCGUUACAACGUCAAAAUUCUGUCAAAAUUGAUUCAUGCGGCUCUUCACACUGUGGUAAUCGGGAUGUCGGCCACUGCUUUCGCCGUUAUUAUUCUCACGAAAAAUGCCUCGGUCAGUCAGUUUACUCCGAUGACUGUCAUUUUUAAGUAACCAUGUUUUUUUUAAAUAUAGAGUUUGGAUUCUCAACAAAUCCGAAAGAGUACUUCUUUUUCUUUUCUUUGUUGAUGGUAGACCAUCAAUCAACCAAGGAUUGAGUAAAAUUAGAAAACUUUUCUUAAAAUUUUGCACAAGUUGAAAAGGCUUCAGUUUCUCCGUUUCACUUAAUAGACGUAAAACUCUGUUCAAAAGUCCCGGCUCAUUUUUUUAUCUUUUUUAAAGCAUUGACAGGUUUUAUACAUGUAUCAAAGUGAAAAGUCUUUCUAAAGCGUGAGUUCUUGUCGUGCAAGACUGUGAACUCUUUAAAAGGGAUUUGCGAACAGACUGAACUCGGAUGAAUAAAAGUUUGAGGCUGUUAAUAAAAGUAUGUCGAAUACCUGAGUCAAUUUUUUAUGAAACGGAUUCCGGAGCGCAGUAUGACCGAAAAUAAAAAGAUUUCAUAUCUCAGUAAGGGAUAGUCUCACUAUCAGCUCACAAUGGGACUAAAUGAGACUAGGCUUACUAGAUGUAGUGUUUCACGCUGAUUCUGUCACUCAUUCUGAGGCAACUUCAAAGCCUCAGAAUGAGUGCAAUUUUAUUUUCCAAAAAAAAUUUUCAAGCCCAGAUGUAUUUUUUGAAGAUCCGCAGAUAAGAAAUUUUUUCCAGAAAAACCCGCACUUUUCGAGCAUCCACAGCUGGAUUGGUCUCUCGGUGUUGUUCAUCUACGCGACGCAGUACACCUUCGGCCUGAUGACGUUCUUGUUGCCCUGCGCGCCUCUGAAGACCCGCGCCAGAAUGCUUCCGGUGCACAGGCUCGUCGGCGCGGCUUGUCUUGCCAUCGCCACCUGUCAGUGCAUCGUCGGCUUCGUCCAAGUCGUCAACUGGGGCGGAGUGUCAGUUUCCCCCUUUCUUGAUUUGAAAGAAGCUCAAAUUUCAUUGGUUCAUUCACGACUUCAGCUUUUCUCUAGGACUAAGAUUGAAUCUUCUCGAGUUCGAUAUUAUUAACCAAAAAGUUUUCAAAAGUAGUUCAUGAUUAUCUUAAGUAACUUCUCAAUUUUUGUAAAGAUUUUGAUAGAAUUUACUUCCGUUUUAUUACAAAGAAGGCUAUUUAACUUUGCGUUGAUAAUUACCUGAAAAUUGGUCAGAACAUUUCUUGAACUACCGGAGGAAAAUUCUGGAAGUUUCAGUCUGCACAACCUACCAGUUUUUAAGAAAUAAUGACUUGCAGAAUCUCCUUCAGGUACAUCAAGGAGCGUUCAGGCCGAAUUUGAGAAAGUUCUCAACCAAAAAAGUCGAAUGACUUUCUUUUCCAGACUUUGGACGGCUGUUAGGUCGCAUUGAUAUCUUCCAACGGCCCACUAUUUCAAUUUUUUCUCGUUUCACUCCACUUUUUUUCUUUUGAAUAUUCAAAAAGCGAAUUAACUUCACAGUUUCUUUUUUAGACUCUGAAAUUUUAAUUCAUAGGUCUAAUUACUUGUAAAGCUCAAAAGUAAGUGAAUUUAUGUUUUAAAAGCCAUUUUGAGACCAAUAACAUGUUUAAGAUCGUGUUUCGGAACUCUGAGUUGCAAGAAUCGGAUGGAGUACGUGGCGAACGUCUGCAUGAUGACGAUGAUCAUCUACAGCGCCAUGGUAAUCGUUCUGAUCACUCCGGCGGCUUGGAGACGUGCCAAAACACCCGACGAAAUGAAAUAG